UUAUUUUGUAACAACGAAUUCAAGUUAGUUUGUGUUGAAAUUAUGUGUGAAUUUUGGUAAAAAAGGCAAGAUGAAAACUUGCAUUCAUUGUGUGUUAUUAUGGACAAUUUUCCAAUCAGUUAUAUCAAUAUACCGUCCUAAUGAAAUAGAUGCCACUCCCAAACCCUACACGACAGGCUUAAAAAUAAAAACUUCCCAUUAUAAAACACUAAAUCUGCCCUAUUACCAUUCUAAUUAUAGUAAAGUCUAUAGUCACAAUAAAAAUUAUACAUCAAGCCUUUUGUAUGGCAGCACAAAUUCCGACAGUCAUAGCCAAGCAACCAAUGUACACCCUGUGUAUAUAUCUCCAGAACAAAAGGAAAAAAUCAAAAAUGUUUUGAAGGAGCAUAAUACCAAUAUUGUUGAAAAAGAUACCAUCAAUAAUAAAAUAGUUUAUAAACGAAAAAUUGAAAAGUCCCAAAAAAUUGAAGUAUUUAACAAAUGUCCAAAAGGUCUCACAGGUCAAUUCGUCUACGACGUAGCUUGCAACCAAUAUUUAGACUGCUGGAACGGUAGAGGAGGCCCUAGAAAUUGCGCUCCAGGCACUUUAUUCAACCCCAAAACCCUGGAAUGUGAUUUUCCAGAAAAAGUUGAAUGUUUGACAGGUCCCUCGGGCAGUGCCCUUACCCUGCAAAGGUCAGCCAAGCUUCAAAGUAUCCAGGAGCAAUCCAAAUGCCCUGAAGACUUUAGUGGACUUAUGCCAAAUUACACUGAUUGCUCAAAGUUUAUACAGUGCAAUAAUGGCAUCCAAACAUCCAGAGAUUGUCCGCCGGGUACUCUUUUUGAUACAAACUUGAACACUUGCAACCAUGAAAGGGACACUAUUUGCUUUUCUGGCCAACAACCAUCAAGUUAUACUAUGAAAGAAGAAUAUGGAGGUAGCACUGAUACAUUACAAGGUCAAAGCAGCCAACCACAACAAAAUUGGUACCAACAAACCAGCAAUCAAGGCUGCGAUCCUACAAAUCCUUAUUGCCAAUCAGGCAGCUAUAUAAUAUCGGGCCAAAGUAACUAUCCACAGGGAUCUAGAAGCUAUUAUUCUCAACAAGGCAGUAUUAAUCAUCAACAAAGCAGUGCUUAUUCUCAACAAGGUACUGUUUAUAUACAAUAUGUCAUGUGCAAUCCCAGUUCUGAGGAUUGUGCAGGUUUCCAACAAGGUACUUAUAUGCUGGGACCUAGGGGUGCCCUCUGUAAUCCAUUAAACCAACAAUGUGGUCAAAGUACUAGCUAUGUACCGGGCAAUAAAAUCUCUGGUUCAGGAGGAUCAAGAGAAUUGCCAGCUUCUGGCACUUAUUUUGUAAAAUAUGUUAUGUGCGAUACUGCCCAACAAGAUUGUUCCCAAUAUCAAAAAGGUAUUAUACAGGCUGGAUAUGGAGUACCAGGAACCCUAAUAGGUGCGUACCCAGUGGACGAAUCUAAAACAUCAAGUGGAUGUAAUGCACAAAUACAAAAUUGUCCGCCAACUCAGUAUUCUAGUACCACUAACACUCAAGUAUCUGAUUCUGGACCACGCUGUAAUCCACUUUAUCAGAAUUGCCAACAAGGUGCAACUGCUACUCAAACUCAUUAUCCAACCACUAUAUACCCUCCAGUAGCCGGUGGGCAAGGUCAAUCUGGACAACCAUGUAAUCCACAAUACCAAAACUGUGAACGAGAUUCUAUAAAUCAAAGCCAAUAUACUCCACAUCUUUCUUCUGUUUCUCAAGCUGGCGGACAACCAUGUAACCCUCAGUACCAAAAUUGCGGUCAAAGUACUAGAGGUAACCCAUCUGGUGGGCAACCUUGCAACCCACAACAUCAAAAUUGUGGCACAAAUCCUUAUUUUGGCAGUAACAGUCAAAAUCAGUACAAUACCACAAAAGGAACUCAUAUUUCUGGUGGACACGGUAAAUCUGGACAACCAUGUAAUCCACAUUAUCAAAAUUGUGUUCGAGGCUCCCUAAAUAUCACCUAUCAAGGCAAUCUUUUUCUGAGCGGGGGAAGUCGAAAUCCCCAACCUACCACAACAGGUGUGCAAGGAGGGCAACCAUGUAACCCACUCUACCAAAAUUGUAGACAAAAAUCCAAUAAUCAGUAUCAAGGCCAAUCUACUCCGCAUCUUUCAAGUGGUAGUCAAACAUCUGGAUCUGGCACAAAUAACCAUUGUCCACCAUGUCCACAAACUCCUGAACAAACUGAACCAGGUGCUAUUACAUCAUACAACCAAGUUCAUGGAGGUUCUAGUAGCAGAAAUUACAAAAAAGUUUGCAAUGCUGAUGAUCCAAAUUGUUAUAGAAAACAACAAAAAUCUCACAGUACUAGUGAAGCCAAAUGUCCAGAGGGAUUCCAAGGCAUCACCAAACAUCCGACAGAUUGUAAAAAGUUUCUGAAUUGUGCCAAUGGCAUCACUCACAUACAAGAUUGUGGUGAGGGAACUUUAUUCAAUCCUUUGAUAAGUGUAUGUGAUUUUCCAUAUAAUGUGGACUGUCAGGAUGGAGGAGGGCAAAAUAUUGAUUAUGGUGAAUUCGAAUAUCAAGGACCUUAUAAUAAAAUUCAGAGCCAUUCUGGUUGUGAGCCGUGCCAAAGUCUUACCCCAACAGCUUCUGGAGUUCAGCCCCAAAACCAAGGUCAGUAUAGUCAAACGACUGGCAAUCAAAGGCCAAAGUAUGGCGCUACUGGUUCACAGAAUAAUCAAGGACCAUAUUAUAUUCCAAGUGAAUGUCAGGGAGCUCGAUGUAGUCAAGAUAGUCACAAUCAAACACCACAGUAUGGACAAAAUCAAGGUUCUUAUGAUCAAGUUGGUUGUCAAGGAAGUCAAUGUAUUCAAGGUACUCACAGUCAAACUCCACAGUAUGAUCAAAAUCAAGGAUCUUAUAGUCAAACUGAUUGCCAAGAAAGUCAAUGUAACCAAGGUCAAAUUGGUGGCCAGACUCCGCAUUAUGGUCGAAACCAAGGUUCUUAUGGACACAGUAGUAGCCAAACUCCGCAGUAUGGCGGUCAAAUUGGUGAUACUCCUAGUCAAAUUUCACAGCAUGGUCACAAUCAAGGCUCGUAUGAUCAGACUAAUUGUCAAGGAUCUGAAUGUAGUCAGGAUUCUUUUGGUCAAAGUAGUAGUCAAACUCCACAAUAUGGUCAAAAUCAAGGUUCGUAUGGACAGACUGGUUGUCAAGAAACUCAGUGUAGUCAAAGUCCAAAUAAUUAUGGUCAAAGUAAACAAAAUCCAGGCAAUCAAGGACAAGGCCAACAUACUCAUACUGAUGGUCAAGCUGAGUGUCAAGGAGCCCAAUGUUAUCAAGGACAGGAAGAAAUUCAAGGGACUGAGGAUGAUGAUGAUGUUAGACAAGGAUCACCAUCUCCAGGAAUACCUUGUCAAGGUUUCCAAUGUCUUAUCGGUCAGGGAUACACAACCCCAUCUACAACUUCCACUAGUCAACUAAGUUGGCCAUAUAGAACAAGUACCACACAAACCCCAUUUGAACACAUAAUGAAAAUCCCAGCAAAAUCGUCUGGGUACCGAACAGUUAAACCCAUAAACAAAUCAGACAGAGUCACUCAUGGCGGUUUCAACAACCAAAAAUCACUUGAUUACGUAGACAUUUUUGAUCCGGACGAGUCUCGUAACAUUGCCUAUGCCACAACAACUCAAAAACCUCAAAAACAAGUUUGGCCUCCACCUUUCAACGAUGUAGCUACUCCAGAUUCAAGUGCUGAUUACGUUUUUGAAUAUGAAGAUGGCGAACCAGUAACGUUAGAACCGGAAAAUGUUCAAGUCGAGAAAAAGAAAAAAUCAAAGUGCGAUGUUAAUGAUUUUAUGUGUGAUAAAAAGAGUUGUGUGGCUAAGAAUUUUGUUUGUGAUGGUGUAAGGGAUUGUGGUGAUGGUAAAGACGAAAAAUAUUGUCAAAACUAUUUGGAUGAAUUUAAACCAUUUAAGAAUUCAAGACUGGAUGUCUUAGAGAAGCUACGAUGGGAUAAUGUUACUUAUUCCACGUGUGCCUUGCUCUGUAUGGACAAUAAUAGGUUUGAAUGCAAAUCGUUUAAUUACAGGAAACUUGAUAAAACCUGCUUUCUUACCAACGAAAAUAUAGGUAGCAGUGGCGCUCUCAAAGAGUACUACCCCUGCGAUUAUUAUGAGAGGAAAGGUACUUCUAUGGAUUGCUCUGAUAUGCAUCAAUGUCCCAAUAAAAAGUGUUUGAACUCUGACCAAAUUUGUGAUGGAUUUGACGAUUGUGGUGAUCGAGCAGACGAAGCACACUGUAGAGCUGAAGAUUUUGGUUAUAGCGUCCAGCUGGCUGCUGGACAGGAACCACAUGAAGGCAGAAUUGAAGUCACAGUUUUCGGAAAAACUGGUUACAUUUGUGAUGAUCAGUUCAAAAUAACAGAAGCUGAUGUACUAUGCAAAGAAUUAGGUUUCAAAUUUGGUGCUCUGGAGGUGAAAGGCAACUCAUUCUUUGCCAAAGAUCUUGAAGAGGAUCACACUUUGUACAUGAUGGACGACAUUGAAUGUCUGGGAAAUGAAACCAGCAUUAUGGAUUGCAAUUUUGCUGGAUGGGGCAUUCAUAAUUGUGCUGACAGAGAGAUUGCCGGUGUUGUAUGUAAAACCCCUCAAGACACAUGCAGUGAAGGCUAUUGGCAAUGUGAUACUGGCAAUGAAUGUGUCCGAUUGCCAUUUGUAUGUGAUGGUUUGGAUGAUUGCAGUGAUAAUUCAGAUGAGGCUAACCAUCAUUGUGAUACACCAACAGCCCUUAGACUAGUAAAUGGCACCAGUGCAAACGAAGGAAGAUUGGAAAUAAGACACAACGGCAUUUGGGGAUCAAUUUGUGACGAUGACUUCAACGAGGAUGCUGCUAAAAUUGCCUGUGCUGCUCUAGGCUACUCUGGGUCAGCUUCAGUGAAAAAAGAUGGCUUUUUUGGACAAACUACCGGACCUAUAUGGCUAGACCAAGUAGCUUGCCAGGGCAAUGAAACCAGUUUGGAAAAGUGCACGCAUUGGGAUUGGGGUGAAAGUAAUUGCGAUCAUAGUGAAGAUGUUGGAGUGAUUUGUGGUAAUUCCAUGUAUGUUGAACCUAAAAGGAAUCCUAAACAUUUUGGUGGGAAAACUAAUGAAAAUAUUGAAGAUUUGGACUUAGAACCAAGCGAUUCUUCUCCAGAGCCUGUAAGUUGUGGUUAUAGAAAAGACAAUAUUUUCCUACAACAUGACGAUGUUCACUUCAGGGUCGUACAAGGAUCAGUUGCGACACCAGGAGAAUAUCCUUGGCAGGCAGCAUUACAAAUAAAAGGACAUGACAAAACAGCUCAUUGGUGUGGCGCAGUAGUAGUUUCCUCCAAAUGGGUCCUCACAGCUGCCCACUGUCUAGAAGGAUACCCAAAAGGAGCCUUUAUUGUAAUUGCCGGGGAAUAUAAUAUCGAUGAAAAAGAAGGCACUGAACAACAAGCUUACAUAGAAGAGUACUACUUACAUGAAAACUUUAGAAAAGGUCACAAAAUGGGUAACGAUAUAGCAAUGAUCCUGUUGAAAGGCAAAGGCUUCAAAUUGAACCAAGAUAUUCAACCAAUUUGCUUGCCAGAUGAAAAUGCUGAUUACGAACGGGACUUGAAUUGUACUAUAUCUGGAUUUGGAACAAUACAAACUGGGAAAUCGGCCUAUUCGCAUAAACUGAGAGCUGCCUGGAUACCCGUACAAAAAUUGGAUGUCUGUAAGAUGGCUCAUAUUUAUGGAGAAAAUCUCGGGCCUGGUAUGAUUUGUGCUGGCGAUCUUACCGGGGGAAUUGAUGCUUGUGAUGGUGAUAGUGGAGGACCGUUAGCGUGUCUUGAUGAUGGAGUUUUUACAUUAUAUGGGCUCACAUCGUGGGGCCAACGUUGUGGAUAUGCUAACAAACCUGGAGUAUAUGUUAAAGUUUCAUAUUAUAAAACAUGGAUUGAGGAAAUUAUGAAAUUACACUCAUAAUGUUUUGUUUAAGUUUAUUUAUUUUGAAAAAAUUGUAAUUUUGUUUUUUUACCAUGUUACCUAAAUGAGUAAUUUAGGAAAAAAUUAUCAUCACAUUUUUUUAUUAAAGUUGUUACAAAAUGAUAUAGGAGUAAGAGGCACUUACAUAAUCACAUUUAAAUAAAUAGUAGGUACCCAUUUAAAGUAGCCUAGCACUUUGUUCCUUACGCUCCAAAUAGUCUGAUUUCUUUACAAUAGAAUAUACCAAAAUUCCAAAUAUAAUAAAAACCAAAAAAUAGCUGCACCACAUUAAAUGGAUAUAAAUCUGUGUCCU